ACGAUUCGAAUCGCAACCCAGUCGACGAGCGCUGAGAUGGCCGAGUCAUCAGCGGCCACCAAAGGGAGGGACGACAGGCCUCAAACAGGCGUGAGGCUUGCGUGGGAUCAGGGCAAGAGCAAGGAGACGCUUGAUCACUUCUUGGACAAGCACCCUCCAUCGAGCACAAAGGGGCCUGCAGGUGGCGAUGGCUGGAUAUGGGUCCAUUCCAACCGCGGAGACACGGGCAAGCACGACCCAGAGGUCGUUGGCGAGGGCAAGAAACUGGUCGACGAUCUCAUGGCCAAGCUCAAGGAAAUCGAGGAGAAUCCCAAAAUUCCAAAAGUUAAGAGCAAGAAAUCAGGGCCAAGCAAGAAGAUGGUCAGGGAGUCGGCCGUAGAGAGGUGCGAGAGCCAGCUGCGCCAGUUGGGAAAGCGUCACUCGAGUGGCAAAUGGAUGUUCUUUGAGAAGCCCGAAUACGUCGACCGCGUCUUCGUCAAGCUGGCCCGGUCAAUCAUCGACGGACCCCUCUCGGGACUCAAGAAGGCGCGCUGCAGUACUGUCAAAGUGGCGGCGAGCGAUGCGGUCCAGCGCGAGGGCACACAUCUGAUCUGCCUCUACCUCGAUGACAUCUGGGACAAAGAAGGCGCCACGGAGGUGCUCGAGUGUGUUGUCAAGCACCAUGGCGAGAUUCCACGCUCAUCCAAAUCAGACUUAUAUACCCUAAUUGGCAUUGACAGCAAUCAUCCUUCGAAGAUGCGAUCAGCUUUGUUCCGCCCAUCAGAACUCUUUACAAUGGAGCAGCUCAAGGAAUGGCAGCAGACGUUUCGGAACGAGCGAAGUGUCAAGAGCAGGAAGAUCAGCCGGACGGAAGACGAGUCCGACUUCGCCAGUGCCUCCAGGCCUGUCAAAGCAGACGAGUUCUGGCCGACGACGAGCACGGAAGACAAGAAAGAUUCAGCGGCUCCGGAUAAAGGCACAGAAACUGUACAGAAGAAAGAGACAGAGAACACCAGCGCUAAAGGAGACGAGGUGGCAGAAGACAGCGAGACGGAAGACGAAGAGGAAGACCUGCUCGCUCCGGGAAAGACACCUCGCGACAAAGGUGGAUUUACCUCUUCUUCAUCGCCAGAGGCAUCUUCCUCAAUAAAGGCGGUCUCUUCCAGCUCUCCCACCAAAUCCUCGUCGGCAGCUGCUGCACCACCCUCCCUCGAAGAGAAGGAAAACAAAGACGAAAAGCCCCACGAUCAGAUCAAAGUCACCAUCAAUCACAACGCCGUUGCAGGAAAGAAGCGGGACCGCUUCGGUCGCUCCGAUUUCUAGUCCUGUGUAGCAUUAGAAACACAGACGUGUACUUGUACCUACGUAACAGCCUUAGAUACAGAAGCAAUCACCCAUUUCGGGAUGUGAGGCAGGACCGCAUGGUCUGGCUCUCCCUUCUGCUCGCACAGACCACGUGCAGG